AUGAGUAAACCCACGACAGAAUCGAAUUGCGGCCAGGAACGAGUCUGUGAGGAGGAAUUUCAAAGCGAGAGCGAGAGCGAGCGACCGUUAGAAAAGAAGCUCUCAACUGCGAAGGCCCGCUGCUCUCUGGACCAGAGAUUUCGAUACAGUACUAAUACUUCAUCCAAAUCUGAUCCAGAGCCUAGUAUAAAAGCUUCUAUAAAGGUAGGGACAACUAUAUUCGACCUUCAUCUCAGUACUUCUAAUUCACAUAGAACGAUUGAAAUAUAUGCUUGUUUCUAA